GAGCGCGGCUCGACUGACACUGUCCCAGCCACCAGCACGCGCAGAGCUCCUCCUCCCUCCCGUACGAUGUAAGAGUAAUCAACAAUUUCUCGAGUCCGCGAGUCAUGCAUGCGAUGUCCCCAUCAUUGCGCGCCUGACCUCCUGCGUUUUAAAGUACGAAAACGGGGCUUUUGCGCGUUUCAUCCCCCGGCAUGGGAGAUCAGAGUGAGCCGACCAUGGUGCAGAAGUCGACAUCGUUCAGCAUCAAGAGCCUGUUACUCCCAUCGAAGUUUGACAGCGCGGGCGCGGAGGAUAGCCGCCCGGCACCGGACUUAGACAAGCCCCCAGAAGCGCUCGAGACGGACCCCGUGCAACGCGACGCGGAGGAGCCCGAGCAGCCGUCCAAAAAGGGAAAGAAAUUCGACAAGCCUCCGUUCAGCUACAACGCGCUCAUCAUGAUGGCCAUACGGCAGAGUCCCGAGAAGCGGCUCACGCUCAACGGCAUCUACGAGUUCAUCAUGAAGAACUUCCCGUACUACCGGGAGCACAAGCAGGGCUGGCAGAACUCCAUCCGGCACAAUCUGAGCCUCAAUAAGUGCUUCGUGAAGGUGCCGCGGCACUACGACGAUCCGGGUAAAGGGAACUACUGGAUGCUCGACCCCUCCAGCGAUGACGUGUUCAUCGGCGGGACCACCGGGAAGCUCCGGCGGCGCUCGGCGACCUCGCGGGGCAAGCUGGUGAUGAAAAGGGGCCUCCGCUUCGCGCCCCUCGGACUCGGGCUGGGCGAACGCCCGAGCAACCCGCUCUACUGGCAGCUGUCUCCGUUCUUACCCCUGCACCACUCGCACUAUAACGGCUCCGCGCACGGAUUUCUAAACCAAGGACACGCGUACGGAUCUUUACUCCCGGGCGUCGAGCCGCUUGGGAACGGGGAUAUGUCUCGCCAGAUUCUGGGAGCCUCUAGCGGGAGUAUCAACGGGUACGGAGUGUCUCCGCCGUCCGCUGCUGGAUUACUCUCAGGGCACAAUGGAUACUUCGUGCCGGGCGCGCAGCAGCCGCAGUCUCUGGCGAGCGCGCCGGGUUACGGCAUCUCCAGCUCUCCGUCCCCGCUUCUCUCGGAUUCCCUAAGAACUAGUUUGCCGUCCUUCACAUCGCCACUUUCCAGCGGACUCCUGUCUCAACACAAACGCGUCGCGCCCAAUUCUUUCCUGAGCUGAGCGUCGCGCGCGUCCUCUCCAAACUUUCCUAGAGAACCUCGCGCUUUGCGCGUCUGUCUGGAUUAAAUUUUUUUUUUUUGUCUAUUUAAGAUCAUGGUAGUGUAAUGUUAUGCCAAAGGCAAUAACCGUACGUGUUUGUUUUUCUUUUUUUCUAAAAAAAAAAAAAGAAAGAAAGUAUUAUUUAUAGUAUUUCUUUGUGAAUGAUGGUUUUGUAUUUAUUCAAAUGUUUUUUUUUUUUUUUUUGUGGGAUAUUGUUAUUAUUAGAUGUCUGGCACAUAUUAUUCGUUUAGUAUGACUAAUUCCUUUUUUAUUUAAAGUAUAAUGUCCCAAACUGUGAAUGCGCCUUAAUAUCUUAAAUCAGGGUUGAGCGUUCGGACUGACUCAGGUGUGCGUUCUGACAAUUCAACAUUAUUAUUAUUAGCUGUGCAAACCUGGAAUAGGGUAACUAUGAGUCUAUAUGCAAUGUUUUAUGUGUGGGCCUGUGUCCAGACACUAAAGUAAAGCGAAGCUACUGAAUUAAAGCACUGGAUUAAUGAACUGAGUGUGGAUGAGUUUAUAUAUGUCAGAAAAUACUGUUCUGUGAUGACACGACAGGGGCAGUCUGGGUCUGUCCCAUAUUCACACACACAACAGUCGAGUUUUGCCUGGUUCAUCACCAAAGACAGAUCAUUAAUGCUUUUUUUUUUUUUUUUGUGGGAAAUAUAACGUCAUCCCUGCAUACUGAUUCGCUCUGAAGCCAUUAUUUAAACUCUCUGUGAAAACAGGCGUUUAUCAGAAAUGUGAUUGAUUGUUUAUUUCCCUUUCGUUUGAAUCUACAUGUGAUUUAUAGUUCUGCACCUUUAGUCGCCAUGCUCAUCUAAUGUACUAGUUUGUCGUUUUUCUUUUCUCUCUUGUAUAUUUUGCCUGAACUUCAGUUCAGAACAAAGAAAUAAAGUAUUGAAAUAUU